AAGUUUUCUGAGACUCUUACAUGGUAUCAGAGCGCAUUGCACUCUAACGAGUCAAUUCUUCUUUUCCUUCUUUCUUCUCGGUCCUUCUUCUUCUUCCUUCAAAGCCAACAAUGGCCACCGAACCUUCCUCUCUUUCGUCUUCCUCUACUUCCGGCGAUUCCACUUUGCUGCCGGUUUCAUCCAUCUCCUUGUCGGCCAACCCACAGCUCACUGUCAAGCUCACCCCAACGAAUUACUUGUUGUGGCAUGCCCAGAUCACUCCUCUUCUUCGCUGUCAUCAAUUGAUGGGCCAUGUUGACGGUUCUCUUCCUGCUCUACCACAAAUCGUCAAUGGCCAGUCCAAUUCCGCCUACUGGUCGUGGUAUGUGCGUGACCAGUAUGUGCUAACCUGGAUCAAUCUCUCGCUCUCCGAGGCCGUUCUGCCCAACGUCGUCAACAAAGCCACUGCUCUUGACGCUUGGUCCGUGUUGGCUACCAUUUACGCCUUGGGCUCUCCCGUCAUCAUCGACCAUCUCCGCAAGUCUCUUCUACGUCUCUCUCGUGGUAAUGAGACGAUCCAUGAAUACAUCCACCGAGCGAAGGCUAUCUAUGACAAAAUGCUCGCGCUCGGCGCUACUGUCACCGAACAAGAACUGGUGGUUGCUCUUCUGGACGACCUUGACGAAGACUAUUGUCCAUUCACUCGCAAUCUCGAGGCGCGCUUGGAACCCAUCUCCUUCGAGAACGUCAGCAGCCUCCUUCUCAGCGAAGAAGUUCAGCUCCACCGUUGUCGCUCAUCGUCUGGCGAGGUUGGGUCGCCGCAUUCUUUUUAUUCCUCCAGAGGAGGGCGCAGCGCGGGCGCUACUUACGCAACUGAACCCAGCGGUAUGCAGGUCGAGGGUUUCCCAACCCGGGCCGCCCUUCUCACAAUGUUUUUGCAGGUGGCCGGCCCAAUACAGGUGGCCCAAGGCCUGUCUCAUCCGAGGUGCUGGGUGCUGGGCCCUACAGGCCUAUCACUUAUGAUGUGUCACAAUUGCGGGGGGAAGGGACAUGUCCGAGCCCAUUGUCCAAGCCCCAUUAUUCCUGCCCAGUCCAAUUAUCACCCAGGCCCAUCCUCUUAUCUUGCCCAAUCCUCUCACCUGGCCCAGUCAUCUCAACAGUGGCUCCUUGAUUCCGACGCUAAUCACCAUCUUACCGCUGAUUUGGGUAAUCUAAUUCAUCAUUCUGAAUAUAAUGGUCCUAAUCAAGUCACCUUUGGCAAUGGAUCGCCGCACGAAGGCUGAGCUCUAUCGUGGUUGUGCGCGGGAUGGUCUCUACUCAUUGCCUCUCCAUAUCCAAAGUCACACUCUUCCUCGUGUCUUCACUGGCUCUCUUGAUCUCUGGCAUCAACGGUUGGGUCAUGCAAAUCUCCGGGCUGUUAAACAUCUUUUGUCUUCGCAUUCAAUAAAAUACCAUGAUAGUCUUGAUUCUUUGUGUCAUGAUUGUUCUGUUAGUAAGAUUCACAAACUACCAUUUCCUUCAUCCCAAUAUCGUGCUUCUGCACCAUUAGAACUUAUUUGUAGUGAUCGUCCCACUCUGUCCCAUACCUGAACUCAACUCUCCAAAGGGAGACCCAGUUUACUGCUACCACCUCUUAGCUUCUGCGGGUUCCUAUCUUUGGGGCCCCGCUCCUAUUCUCUCUUAUGAUCAUCAAUCUUAUUAUGUGUUAUUCUAUGAUCACUAUAGUAAGUUCAGCUAGGUGUAUUUUGUGCGCUAUAAAUCUCAACUCCUCAAUGUCUUCGUCCAAUUUCGCCAACUUGUUGAGAAAUUUUUUGGUCUCCCCAUCAAAACCUUUCAAUCUGAUGGGGGGGGGGGGGGGGGUGAAUAUCAAGCCUUAUCUUCCUAUCUCACAGCCAAUGGCAUUACCCAUCAUUCUUCUUGUCCCUAUACUCCUGAACAAAAUGGUUGUGCCGAGCGGAAACAUCGUCACAUUGUUAAUAAUGGUCUUGAUAUAUU